CGAAGAAGAAUUGCAAAUUAACCAAACUUGUAAACGUCAAAAUAAAAUUUUUAUUUUAUUCGAAAAUUGUUUAUUAGAUUAUUGUAAUAAUUAUCGAAAAAAUGUCUGCAAAAUCCAAACAAGAUGCUAUUGCUUACAGCGAGGGCGCAAUAAGAAACAAUUUAUCUAUCGUGGAGUACUGUAGAACCUCCAUGGCAGCCCUAUCUGGCUGUACUGCAGGUUUACUGGGCCUCACGAGUUUACACGGUGCCUUCUUUUACAUUUUCGCAUUGAUUAGUUUAUGGUUAAUGAUUCUGUUUAAAGCAGGUUUCUCAAAUUGGGACAAAUACUUUAUUUCUCGGAAAGCAUUGUUAACAAAUGGAUUUUUUGGUCAAUUGUUUACAUAUAUACUGUGCUGGACAUUUAUUUAUGGCAUGGUACACGUCUAUUAGUUUAUUUUAAGUAUUUAAACCAUA